AUCUCGAGCGAAGUAUUUCAGGGAUUUGGGUAUGAAGAAGCUUUUGAUAACAGUCGUCACUUGCUUACUACUUUCGUCAGUGAUGUUACUCUCAUUCUCCAACAACUUCAAAAACCAGCUUCUUGAUGCUACUACCAAUGUCUCAAAGGAAUCCGUUAAACCGGUGGACAAACUGGUAGGAGGUCUUCUUGCUGCAGGGUUUAAUGAAGAUUCUUGUUUGAGUAGAAACCAAUCUUCGUUGUAUCGCAAGCCUUCACCUUACAAACCCUCUGAAUACCUUGUCUCUAAGCUUAGAAGCUAUGAGAUGCUUCACAAGCGUUGCGGUCCAGGAACAUAUGCUUACAAGAGAGCACAGGAGCGGCUUCUUCAUGGCGAUGAGGAUCUUGCAAGAAAAUCUAAUGCUGAGUUAUGCCAAUACAUCGUGUGUGUGCCACUGCGUGGGCUGGGAAACAGAAUGCUUGGACUGACUUCUCUGUUCCUUUAUGCUCUCUUAACAGAGAGAGUCAUGCUUGUUGACCAACGCAAGGAUAUGAGUGAUCUCUUCUGUGACCCUUUUCCGGGUUCUUCCUGGUUACUUCCUCUGAAUUUCCCAUUGACGGAUCAGAUCGAUAGCUUCAACUUAGAACACUCGCGUUGUUACGGAACAAUGUUGAAGAAUCAUGCUAUUAACUCCACUACAAUCCCGUCACACCUUUAUCUUCAUCUUCUCCACGAUCAUGGUGAUUAUACUAAAAUGUUCUUCUGCGAAAAAGAUCAAACUGUCAUCAGGAAAGUGCCUUGGCUGGUCGUGAAAUCAAACCUUUACUUUGUCCCAUCUCUAUGGUUGAUCCCUAGUUUCCAAACCGAACUCAUCAAGCUAUUCCCACAGAAAGAGACCGUCUUCCACCAUUUGAGUAGGUAUCUUUUUCACCCGACAAACCAAGUUUGGGGUAUGGUCACUAGCUCCUACAACGCUUACUUAGCCAGAGCAGACGAGAGACUUGGCAUUCAAGUAAGGGUUUAUAGCAGACCCGCUGGAUAUUUCCAGCACGUCAUGGACCAGAUUGUAGCCUGUACGCAAAGAGAGAAACUGUUGCCUGAAGCAGCUGCACAAGAAGAAGAAUCACAAGUCACUAAUAAUAAUACAUCGAAAAUCCCCAAAGUUAAAGUUGUCCUGGUCACAUCACUGCAUCCAGAGUACUCUGAUAACCUAAGGAACAUGUACAUGAAACGCCCUACUUGGACAGGAGACAUUGUACAAGUGUAUCAGCCAAGUGGAGACAGGUUUCAGAAGGUAGACGAGAAGAUUCAUGAGCAAAAGGCGCUCGCGGAGAUAUACCUACUAAGCCUAACUGAUAAGCUCGUCACAAGCGCAUGGUCUACAUUUGGAUACGUAGCUCAAGGUCUUGGAGGGUUAAAGCCAUGGAUACUCUACAAGCCAGAGAACAGAACAGCUCCUGAUCCGCCAUGUGUUCGGGACUAUUCGAUGGAGCCUUGUUUCCUUAAACCAGCUCUAUAUGGUUGUGAAGCUAAGGCAGAGAUAAAUGCCCCUUUUUUAAGGCAUUGUCAUGAUCGAACUUGGGGGGUUAAGCUUGUUGAUUCCCAAGACUAA